CUAGGCGUUUUCUCAGAAGAGACUCUGGAUACAGGUGCAGAUUCCAUCCCAGUAUAUGAUCCAAGUCAUGCUCCGUAUCCUAUUCCAUACCAUACUCCAGGUUCUGUGUUAGAAGACAUCCCCAACAUGUCUCUAGAUUCGAUUCUAAACUUUAAUGAGCAGGUUGUAGACGAUCUACAAGGUCAUAUCCUACCGGAAGCUGCUCCAAUGUCCGCACAUGAUUAUAUUCGAGAGUUCGUCCCCAAUGCUGCUCCGAACCCUAUUCUAAAUUAUGAUCCAGACCAUAUCCUAGAAGAUAUCCCUGACCAUAGUCUUGAUCCUCUUUUAGAUUUCCUCCGAGGAGAUAUACCAGACGCUGCUCCGGAUCAUGUCCGAGAUUUUACGCCAGAUCAAGCUUCAGGGGAUAUCUGCGUACCUUUUCCCGCUCAGUCCCCCGAACUAUUUCUUCAUCAUGGCCUUGAAAACAUUGCCGAAGAUGCUCUAGUACCUACCCCAGAACCUUCCCCCAUAACGGUCUCCGUCCCUCAACAUCUUAUUCCUGAACCUAGCAGCUUUGUAUCCACGAGUCCUUCAAUCCAAUUCCCGGAGGAUGUACUCAUGGCUGGCUCAACGCCUGCUUCAGAACACAUCUUGGAAGCCAGUUUAGAGCCGGCUCCUAAUCCAGAACUAGCAUCUACUCCGAGAUCUACCAUGGAUGCGGUUCCAGUUCUGGUUCUUGUACCUGUUCGUAAUAACAGAAGGGUAAAAAAACGUAGCGGUAAGUAUAGAUUAAUUAAGCUUGGUGGAGGAUACGCUUACAGACUACCAAGAAGAUGAUGCGGGGUUUUCUACUAAUACCUUAGGAGGCAUUCAUAUAUGUACCUACCUAUUAGACGGCAAGUAAAGUGUACGUGUUUCUCUGUUUUUGGAGGUUAUUAGUGUUUCAAGGAAAAAAAGAU